AUGAGCUCCCUCCGCCCCUUCCACCCCCUCGACCUCCUCCGCCUCAACCUCGCAAACCUCGACGUUUUGACGGAAAACUACGAGAUAAGCUUCUACCUCAGCUACCUCGCGAAAUGGCCAACCCUAAUGUCGGUAAUGGAGUCUUCCCAGGGAAAAAUAAUGGGCUACAGUACUUGCACCCCUCCUCCCCCUUCCCCCUCCACCGCUGUUCGGCACAGCACUAACAAACCCAGUAAUGGGUAAAGCCGAGGGUAGCGCCAAGGACUGGCACGGGCACGUAACCGCCGUAACCGUUGCACCGGACUAUCGCCGCCUCGGCCUUGCAAAGACGAUGAUGGACGAACUCGAGCGUGUCACCACCAGCGUGUACAACGGCUACUUCGUCGACCUGUACGUGCGUGUUUCGAACGAGAUCGCUAUUAGGAUGUAUGAAGGGAUGGGGUAUUCUGUUUAUCGCACCGUCGUGGAGUACUACUCUUCCAGCAUUGGCGGCGGCGGCGGGGGUGGUGGGGGUAAUGAGGGGGGGGAUGAGGAUGCUUAUGAUAUGCGGAAACCUAUGCGUAGGGAUAAGCACCGGAAGAGCGUGAGGGAGAAUGGGAGGGAGGUUAAGGUUUUUCCUCAUGAGGUUUGGUAG